CAGCUCAAGUCUCAGGAACAGCCUCACUGAGAAGGGAUCAGAGCCUCAGCCAUCCUCAGAGAGUCAGCACCAUGGGAAACUGUGCUCAGGGUUUCAAGGACUUUUUCUGCCGGCCAAAAAACACCAAUGUGCGUGUUAGUCUGCCGGCUGUCUGCUUUGUCUGGCAGAUAGCUAUGAUCAUCCUGUUUGGAGUUUUCAUCCGAUACAAUGAGGAGGCAGAUACACAUUGGGUAGAGCACAAAAAGAGCCACAACAUCACCAGUGAUAUUGAAAAUGACUUCUACUUCAGAUAUCCCAGCUUCCAGGAUGUCCAUGUCAUGAUCUUUGUUGGUUUUGGCUUCCUCAUGACCUUCCUGAAACGCUACAGCUUCGGUGGUGUGGGCUUCAACUUCCUGAUUGCGUCCUUCGGGGUGCAGUGGGCUCUUCUCAUGCAAGGCUGGUUCCACACUCUGGACCACUCCACAGGAAAAAUCUACAUUGGGGUUGAAAGUCUGAUCAAUGCUGACUUCUGCACGGCGGGAUCUCUCAUAGCCUAUGGUGCUCUUCUGGGAAAAGUCAGUCCAGUCCAGCUGAUGGUUGUCACCUUAUUUGGUGUCACCCUUUUUGCAGUGGAGGAGUACAUUAUCCUCAGCCUUCUUCAUUGUCGGGAUGCAGGUGGCUCCAUGGUUAUCCACUGCUUCGGAGGGUAUUAUGGUUUGGCCAUCUCCUGGGUCCUCUACCGGCCGAAGCUCCACCUAAGCCAGCGCCUCAACGGAUCUGUCUACCACUCUGAUGUGUUUGCCAUGAUUGGCACACUGUUCCUGUGGAUGUUCUGGCCCAGUUUCAACUCCGCCAUCACAGACCAUGGUGAUGGGCAGCACAGAACCGCCAUUAACACCUACCUUGCCCUGGCUUCCUGUGUCCUCACCUCUGUGGCCAUCUCCAGCAUGUCUCAGAAGACAGGCAAACUAGAUAUGGUGCACAUCCAGAAUGCCACCUUGGCUGGCGGCGUCGCCAUGGGAACAGCAGCUGAGUUCAUGAUCACUCCUUAUGGCGCACUGAUCGUGGGCUUCUGCAUGGGCAUCAUCUCCACCUUUGGCUACCUCUUUGUCACUCCGUUCUUGGAGAAGUAUCUGAAGAUCCAAGAUACAUGUGGAGUCCACAACCUGCAUGCAGUGCCUGGCAUGCUCGGCGGCUUCAUAGGAGCCAUCACUGCUGCAGCUGCCUCUGAAUCUGUCUAUGGGAAAGAGGGGCUGAUCAGCACGUUUGACUUUGAAGGGAGCUUUAAGGACCGAACUCCAGGAACACAGGGUGGCUUCCAGGCUGCGGGCACAUGUGUGUCCAUUGCAUUUGGACUUGUUGGAGGAGCUCUUGUUGGAUUGAUCCUGAGGUUGCCUAUCUGGGGCGAUCCUGCUGACGACAACUGCUUUGAAGAUGAGGUUUACUGGGAGGUUCCUGAGGAUGAAGAAAGCAUCCCUCCUGUUCUGGAAUACAACAACCACAUGAUACACAAACACCAGGACAUAUCGGAGUCCAACUUCUCCGUGGAGCAGAGCUAGAGCAGCACAGCGCUGGGAGGACCACACACCGUGUUACCCUGAACUUGAUACAGCCAUGAAGCAACACUUAUUUAUGAAGGCACCACCCCAACACAAAGGCAGUUUUAAAAGAAACGAACAAUGUUUUUGUUUGUUUGUUUGUUUGUUUUGUGUUACCUUUGGUUCUUAUGCCAUUAUUGUCUCUGAUCAUUUUGCACCUUACACAGAUAUUUAGCAUCAUAUUGAAAUAUUCAAACUCCAUGGUCACAUGGAGCACAAACUAGUAAUUGAGUAUCCCAAUUAUGCAACAAAAAUUAUGUUUGUGAUGAUAGAAACUCCGAAUGGCACAGGAUUCAAACUGCUGUAUUAUCUUGGAGGUAUCUGGGAAGUGUUUAUUA